GCCCAAGGACGUUGCGCAAAGCCGGGUGCAAAUGUGCAAGAUACAACGCCGGCAAACUGACGGCCUCAGCCGGGUUGAAUGAGCUGCUUUAUCGGCUCUGCUUCCUUUCUGAAACGGCCAUCCUCUGCCUCAGCUGGAGCGACGGCCCCUCGUCGCAUGGGCCAUCAUGUCUGCUCCUGGACUCCUAAUUAAGCCGCUUAUGCCGGAACAGCCAUAUUUCAAGCGACUGUGCGAUAAGAACAGAUUGUAGCGAAAGACGAAGCAGAGAACAUAAAAGCGAAACGUUAGUUUGGAAGUUGGAAAUACUUUUUCUGUAUUUUUUCCAGUUUGAUCGAAACGUUAAGCAGUUCCGAGUUUGUGAUUUGUAUUCAUUCAGUGGUCGUGUGGCGAUGCGAUUCUUGGCUUUGUUUGAGCUAGGCAUUGGAUAUAUCUAAAAAUAAUCAACAGAGAUGGCGUCAUGUGCUUGUCAUUUCGUAAAGAAAAAUGUACGUGGGUUUAAUGCAUAAUCUGAAAGUUUCAAAGCCAUACUGUAGAGCUGGUUGCCCAGCAAGAUGUGGGCGAACGAAAUCCCGAGGCAGUUUAACUUUGGUGGAGACGGACUGUUGGCUUCAGCGUUAACAGCAGGACUGAAGCGGUAUCAGGCGAACUAUUCCCGUUUGACCGAUAGAGGUUCUGACAAUCUUUUGUGACAGUUUGUUAUUUUGAAAUCAAAUGUAGCCCAUUGCAAACACAGAAAUGGGCUUUCUUCGCUCAGUAGUCGUCUCCGUCUGGGGCUUGAACCCCCGACCUUGCAGUUUUUCUCAGAAUAUAAUCGAACUCUAAUGUUACUAUUGAUACUCUGAAAGCUGACGGUCGAUAUAAUCUCGCUUAAAAACAUCUUCAAAAUGUAUUCUUCUAAUGUCGUGUAAAAACGAAUGCUGCAAACAACUACGUGCAAUUUAAACAGAUCGUUUUUUAUACCCUUAACGCUUCAAUUUUGGCUUCAGCAUGACGCGGAAUAGCCAAUCGUCUUCUGAAAGUUUUGCCGUAUUCAGGUCUAAUUUUCAUUAACUUGGAUGCGUGUUUAGGAUUCUAGGUAGCGCUGUCGCCGUGUAUUUCCUCGACACCUGUAAAUGUGUGUUCUGGGCACGGUGCACCUCACAUGUAUGUUGACAGGGUGACAGCUCGUCCAAUUUGCUAUCUGCCUUAACGCCUGUUACUGACAGAAGAGUCCGAGUGAAAUUAAAGAGGGCCAGUUUAACUCGCCUAUAUGUAUACGCACGUAUCGGUGGGCAUAAUUAUCGUAAUGAAGGGCUCCAGUCUGCCAGAUCAGUCGUGCUUCAUCUGUUUUGUGAGGGGUACUUGGACAAAAAAAAUCCUUCAAGCGAAAGGGGUUGCCAAGCCGGAUCGCUCAAACGGACAGGCUUUUCAAACUGUUGAUGCAUUUUAUUGGCUGUUUUGGCGAGGGACUGUAUCAAACUAGCAUAAAUGUGACCCCCCCUUAAUCGAGCAGCUAUUGCUAUUGGUGUCUCCCUCCAUCGGGCACCACAACAAUAGGUUUGUUUUGAGCUGUAGUAUUGAUUUGCGGGGGCGUGUCAAUGGGCGGAGAUACACUGCUGACGCAUGAUGCAGACUUCGAUCCGAUUUGUUAACAAAAAGGUGUCCGUCCUCUCCGAUUAAGGAGAAAUCAUCUGUCGGGGGGGGCAGAGCGGCAGAUAGAGGCAGGCGAGAGCACAGAGGUGGGAGCUGCAAGUUUUGGCGUUUCUUCAAGGAGACAGAGGAGCCCGUCCUCCUCAACUGCAGAAGCUUCGCAGCGGACUCCUCUCAUAGCAUCUAACCGCUGGGGUACAGAGAGCAUCAUUAUUUUACUGCGAUGAACUCCCCUACUUGAGAAACAUGCGACGCAUCCCUGACACCUCCACGGACUGCAUCCCCGGUUGCCCCCGCACUGGAUAUUAAUGUUGCUCUUCAGAUUUGUUAACGGUUGGUACGGCGAUUUAAGACCAAUUAUUCGGGAUUUUAAGAGUUGCGGGAAACAUCUUCUAAAGGCUCGGAGCUAACGGCACUUUUCAAAAUAUUCGUAGACCUUUAAAUGAUUAAUUUCUUUGGUGGUUUCAAGUAAAAUAUUUUUAGUACUGUCCCCAUUUCUUUAUUUUGACCCGCUUGAUGCCAGCGCCUCAAGACUGCCUUCAUGGCAGGAUCAUGAAGUGUUUGACUUUCUUCCUUCUGCUUCCAGAAACGCUGAAAAGGUCCAAACGGAGCGUCAAACACAGCAGCAAGCUGCCAGUAUGCUAUGAGAUUGUAACUCUCUCCUUGAAGAAGACCAUGGCUGCGGAACUGUACCCUGCCAACAGCAACACCAACCUACCCAAUAGUCCCGGAGGCGCCGCGACCAAGAAAAGCCUCGCCCCGGUGCACCAGACCGCCCCCUCCUGUCCGGCGGCGGCGGCACAACUCAACAUAAACAACAACAACGUGGAGACAACGAGCUGGCAGUCCUGCCACCCCACUCUAAGGGAAAGGAACGCCUUAAUGUUUAACAACGAACUCAUGGCUGAUGUUCAUUUCAUUGUGGGACCAGCUGGGGCUUCACAGAAAGUUCCUGCACACAAGUAUGUGCUUGCAGUGGGCAGCUCAGUUUUCUGUGCAAUGUUUUAUGGAGAUUUGGCAGAGGGCAAGUCAGAAAUCCAUAUUCCAGAUGUGGAACCUGCUGCUUUUCUGAUUCUUUUAAAGUACCUGUACAGUGAUGAGAUUGACCUAGAGGCAGACACAGUACUUGCUACUUUAUAUGCUGCAAAGAAGUAUAUUGUACCUGCUUUGGCAAAAGCUUGUGUCAAUUUCUUGGAGACAAGCCUGGAAGCAAAGAACGCUUGUGUUUUGCUGUCUCAGAGUAGACUCUUUGAGGAACCAGAACUCACUCAGCGCUGCUGGGAGGUAAUUGAUGCUCAGGCUGAACUUGCUCUUAAAUCAGAGGGCUUUUGUGAAAUUGAUCAACAGACACUGGAGAUCAUUCUAAAUCGUGAGACAUUAAACACUAGAGAAGUGGUUUUAUUUGAAGCAAUUGUGAACUGGGCUACGGCAGAGUGUAAACGGCAGGGCUUACUGGUUACAACCCGAAACAAGAGGAGUGUUCUGGGGAAAGCACUGUAUCUGGUCAGGAUACCAACAAUGACUCUUGAGGAGUUUGCCAAUGGUGCUGCUCAAUCGGAUAUUUUGACCCUUGAAGAGACACAUAAUAUUUUCUUAUGGUAUACUGCUUCUAAUAAGCCCAAGAUAGAUUUUCCUCUUGUACAGAGGAAAGGACUCACACCACAGAAGUGCCAUAGAUUCCAGUCUUCAGCAUACCGCAGCAAUCAAUGGAGAUACCGUGGACGAUGCGACAGUAUUCAGUUUGCAGUAGAUAAACGCAUCUUCAUUGCUGGAUUAGGACUUUAUGGCUCCAGCGGAGGGAAAGCAGAGUACAGUGUCAAAAUUGAACUAAAGAGGCAAGGGCUAGUCUUGGCCCAAAACUUGACUAAGUUUAUUUCUGAUGGCUCCAGCAGUACCUUUUCAGUUUGGUUUGAGCAUCCUGUGCAGGUGGAACAGGAUACAUUUUACACCGUGAGUGCAGUUUUGGAUGGAAAUGAGCUCAGCUAUUUUGGACAAGAAGGGAUGACGGAAGUUCAGUGCGGCAAGGUAACAUUCCAGUUUCAGUGCUCUUCAGACAGUACAAAUGGCACAGGAGUACAAGGUGGACAAAUACCAGAACUUAUAUUUUAUGCAUGACUUACACCUGACAUUUCUAUUUACCACUGCUACGCACAAAGCACACCACAGAAAUAAUGGCCUUCAAACUGCAGCGUUGCAAUGAAGAAUGCACCACAUUAAAAGACCUGUUAGCAGACUAUCACUAAAUGAAGGAAUGCUAUUGAAUUUAAUCUAUUUUAUUUAUUUGAAUAUAAUGUAAUGUUAUUUUACUUAUCACUGCAGCAUGCAGUGCUCUAUGUACAAAGUUGCUAUUCCCUUAAGUGGUUUUGUGUUUUGUACAUAAAAAAAAUUGUUUACAUAUUUGAGAUCAAAUGACAAACAGAAUGUUCUGUUUUAUGAGAGCAGCUUCCCGGUUGUUAAAAUUAUAAAAGAGAUAUGUGAAAACUA